CUGUGAGACGUGGUCGCGGAUUUGGCGUUCUUUCUCUCUCUUGCGUAAUCCCCGCGAGAAAGAUUUGCUUUUCUUGUGAAGCGCGCGAGACAGGCUGACUUUUUUAAGCCCAACGGCAUAGAUAUGCGCGCAUCUCAAUCCGGUGCAGCGUUGUAUUGCAUGGCUAGCGUUACAGGUCGAAGCUAUGUUAGUUUGACAUCAGGGGAACUAGGUUACAGAAGAUAAAGCUGAUACUGGUUUUGCUGUUAAUCCCAUAUUCUUUGUUGCACUAUAAUAAUAGCUACAAUCUUCGCCAUCGUUUUCGAAGAGAUAAACAAAAACUAUUUUGCUGAAAUCCCAUAGCAGGUUACGGAAUACAACUCAGGUUAGAUCAGAUGACUUUCUGGGGAAGAUUUUAGCACAGUCAAUCAGUUGUAGGGGGAAAGGCGAGACACCUUUUUGGGGAAGGCGGGGACACCUUUAUAGCACAUAAUGUCCAAAUAUUCUGAUUGUUUUUUGAACAACUAACAACGGUUAAUCGUGAGGAUACGGUUUUGGGCAACAUAUUUAAUGAUCCAUAUGUAAGAGGGUAAGUCCUUAAUCGUUUUGUAUAGGAGGGUUCUCAACAGCGCUUAUAGAUGCAUCGUUGUAUAUUAAAACAUGUAUUAAGCUUCGGAUACACGCAGGCUUAAGUGAUAUUUUAUGAAGCGUCAUAUUUCCUGUAUGUUGUAUAAAAUUUAAGCUGGUGAUGACCGACACGGAUGCGAGGAAAGCGGUCCCGCUUCUGUCAGUAUCAUCAUUCAACAUCGAGCAAUGGAAACACUCACUAACUGACGGGCAGUGGAAUGGCAAUUCCGUUACCGCAGCCCCUCUUAUAAAUCGAUCUUCAGAAUUCAACUAUGAGAUAAUGUAUUCCAAUUCAUCCCAACAGCAGUCAAGCCAAAGUGAAGCCACCGCUUCCAUUGUAGCAAUAUGCAUUGUAUCAGCGCUUGCAAGCGUGCUUACAGUCGGGGGCAACGUAAUGGUGAUCGUGUCCUUCGUUAUAAACAGAUCACUCCGAACAGUCAACAACUACCUGCUUCUAAGUCUGGCAGCGGCAGAUCUUCUCAUAGGUCUGGUGUCGAUGAAUCUAUUCACAGUGUUCAUUGUGAGCGGGAGUUGGAACUUGGGCGCCGUGUUGUGCGACUUAUGGUUGGCCCUUGAUUACGUUGCAAGCAACGCUUCAGUGAUGAACCUGCUUAUAAUAUGCCUCGACCGGUAUUACUCCGUCACGAAACCGGUGGAGUACAGAAACCGGCGCACCCCAAAACGUUUUAUCACGGCUAUUAUUGGUGCAUGGUCCGUAUCUUUCAUACUGUGGGCGCCGUGGGUCAUAUUCUGGCAGUUUAUUGUCAAUGAACGGACAGUCCCGAAUGACAACUGCUACGUUCAGUUCAUCAAAGACAGCAAACCAAUGGCGGUUAUAACGGCGCUUGCUGCAUUCUACUUGCCCGCUACUGUAAUGUGUGUCUUGUAUUGGAAAGUCUAUCUUGGGAUUAAAAACAGAAGAAAGAAACUGUUAAGGAUGAAAGAGAUUAAAGUCGCGAAAGAUAAUUCGAUUAUCUCAGGAAGCGAGGAAGAACAUCCGAGUAAUAGCUCCGAGAGCCAUCUGAAGACCAACCCGAGGAAAGAUGAAAAGAUGAAACUAAAUGGGAAGGGCAUCACUGGACGAGUUCGAGGUUUCUUUCAACGGAAGCGAGACAUGUUAGUUCCGAACGAAAACAACUUUCUGCUUGGUGAGAAACGACUUGUUUCAAAGACGGCAACGACGAAAAUCGAUGAUCAAACGUCGGUUGCCAAGCCACAGAACGGGACACAAGCCUUGCCUGUUAUGGAGGUUCCUGCUGUGAAUUUGGACGAGGGAAAUGGGGAGGAAAUAAGCGCGAAUAAAAUAAACGAAUGCAGGAAGAUAGCUUCAAGCCAUGUAAAGACUUUGGCGUCGGAGAUUUACAAGAACGAGAACGCGGCAUUAGAUUUACCGCCGGUUGAACCUCAGCCAGUAGAAGAAGGAAACGUAUUCAACGAUUCGGUUUUUGCUUCCCCUGCCGAUCCACCAACCCCUUCUGAUGAGAGCCCAGCCCACGUGCUUAAGAAUUAUGACGCGGGCGGGGAAGUCCCUGAGCCGUCCGUGAGGAUGACGUCACCCAGUGACGUCACCGGUGCAAGGCAGAUGUUAGUGGCGGUAAUACGUCAGAGACACGGAUACAUCGAGGAAAAGGUAGAAGCCAAGAAUGCAAUCGACAACAUGGAAGAUGAUUCGAGCGACUUCGAAACUUUUGAUUGCACUAAUGGCAACUUAAUUAUUGAGAACAACGCUAAGUCACCAAAGCGGCAUUCCUUUAAGUCUUACAAGGGGAAAACCAAGCGACGUCGUCUCCCGUCCUUACCUGCACAGCCGACUACUAUUACGCCUCAAACAAAGAAAUUCGUGGCACCCAUCAACAAUGGCUCCCCGAAAAUUCCCAUCGUGGACAAAAAGAAAACCGAAGAAGAGGAAAUGAAAAUUGAAAAACCAGAAGAUCAAGAAGAUCAUGGAUGCGAAGGAGAAUUGGAAAAGAAAGAUAGUCAGUGCAGCGACGUUCUUCUUGGGCCUCCGGUGUCCCGAUCUGCUGAGCAAUUUUCGACAAGUGCAAUUACCAAGUCGUACCAGAGCUUUGUUCGAAGCCCCUCCAAGGAAAAUGGCGCAAAGCAGGAUUUAGCUGAGACUUCAAGCAGAAGCAGAACUAACAGUGGAAAGGUCAUGUUCAUACGGAGACAAAUCAAGGAGAAAAAAUCGUCAGAUACAGAAAGUGCCGCUGAUGUUGGCGGGGUGAUUAAAGUCACGGAGAGGUUGAAGCUGCAGGUAGUGAAGAAGAAGUUGCAAUCAUUAAAUAAGGAGACAAAAGCUGCGAGAUUGUUGGCGUCGAUUCUUGCAGCAUUCAUUUUGCUCUGGCUACCAUACAAUAUCAUGGCACUGAUCGAAGCGUUUUGUCCAUUAUCUGAAAAAUGUAUUCCUGAUCUAGCUUGGAGCUUUGGGUACUGGUCAUGCUACCUUAACAGCACGCUUAACCCUGUAUGUUACGCAAUGUGCAAUAAGAAUUUCCAGGAGACAUUCAAGUUUUUACUUUCCUUGAAAUGGGUCCAUCCAGACCACAGACGAUUCCGACCACAAAUGGUUUGAAUCAUGGCUGAAAGUAACUAUCUGUAUCAGUUGUAAUCAAUAUACUGAUUAAGGGAUACGAAGCCUUUGGUAUUCAAUGACAGCAAUGUUCCAUUACAUUAAAACGAACGGAUGUCAAUAUUAAGUGACCCAGAAUUGCGCGCAUCUCCUACAUUAUGCAUCACUUAUUCACCAACAUCGGGAAAUCAAGAGGUAAAGGCGGGGACAGCGCGCCCAAACCCCCGAGAAAUAAUUGGAUUGCUCGUCGGUAAUUGCGUUUUGAAUGCUGCCGCUCUAACUGCAAUUGCUUUAACUUAGAAUUGAUUAUUGGUUGCCCCUAAUUUUCUUUGACAACAGCGGCCAGUUCGUCUAUCUUGAGCAUUAUUGUGAUCGAAUUUUGACGCCAUUCAGUCGCAUUGACUAAAAAGGUCAUCAAUGUUUAAUAACCAGCCACCCAACGUUCCCAACUUCGUUCCACUUUCCUUUCGUUCUAAUUGUCGCUCCCCAUUAUAUUUGCUGCCCUGUGCCGCACAUGGAAUAGAGAAUAAAUAAAUUAAAACAAAGUGAAAGCAA